AUCAUGCAGGUAUCCUGUCUUUUCUGAGAACCAUCUCUUUAGCGCUUUAGGAGACACCGUAGGCACGUAGUACUAGGCACUCUCGCGGGAAACUUCAGGUUGCGAGUAGAUAUUGGUAGCUGCGGUGGAUCCUUGCUAUGAUCCCUGUUUGAUUCAUUUGUCAGCUCUAGUUUCGGCAUUAGCUUCGAGCUCUGCUCAUAUUCAUGUUGCCUUUUGGAACGUGCACACCUAGUUAGAUCGGAAGAUUAUUAUACUAACCGAGACCUAAGCUUGAUAGAAACCUCAACCAUUCCACAACAGGAGCGUCGUUCUCAACCGAGCAGUAGGUCCUUGUCUCAAGUCUCGUAGGCAAAGCCGUAGUUAAGUUGAAGGGAGAUCGUAUAGUUGCUAGUUUCUCCGUUUUUUUUGCGUCGCAAGGACAGCAGGUGCCAUGGAUCCAUCUCGUAACUCCGUCCCUGAUUCGGCUUCCGACUUCCUGAACCGUGUUACAUCCUUUCGGACCACAGCGGCACCUGUAAACGCGGGAUCUCAGGAGAUCGGAGUGUUAUCUCAGGGAAAUCCAGCAGGGAAUCAGGCUCUACCGCCUGUGCGAAUCGUUCACGCCACGCAAGUACCCCUGACCGUACCAUCCCAGAGAAUCAGUCCUCUUACAACGGCAUCUGCAAGCCUACCGACUCUAAGGACCGGUCAGCCAGUGCUGAUGCAUCAAAACUUACCGUAUCAGUCGACCAAUCAGGCCACGCACGCGACAAUAGCAGGAUCGAUAAGGCAGAAUCUAUCAUCUCGAAGCCCCGUGGCUCAAGCGCAGAACCAGCAGAUUCCGGGAGCUCAGCUGAUCCUGGGAACAGGCUUACAGCAGGGAGCACCGCAUAUGCAGGGAGUUACAGUGCAGCCAUCCUGGCAGCAGGACUGGCAGGAGAAUCUGCUGCAGCAGAGCCGUCAGCAGCAGAGCCAGCGGCAGCAGAACCAGCAGCAGCCAAGCCGACAGCAACAGGGCCAGCAGCAAAUCGGCCAGACGCAUGCCAACCAGCAGCUAAAUGGUCUGCAAUACCAGCAGCAGCAGCAGCAGCAGCAGCAGAACUGGCUGCUGCAGCAGCAGCUACUGCAGCGUCAGCAGCAAAUGCUGUCCAAGCAGCAAGCACAGCCCCAGCAGCACCCCGUGCCCCAGCAACAGGCGCUGCCACAUCAGCAACAGCAUCGGAACCAGGUGCUACAGCAGCAGCAACAGCCGGGUCAACAGGUAGUGCAGCUCCAGCGGCAGGCGCAGCCCCAGCAGCAACAGCAACGGAAUCAGCUGCUACAGCAGCCGGGUCAACAGGUAGUGCAGCCGCAGCUGCAGGCGCAGCCCCAAGCCCAGCAGCAACAGCCGGGUCAACAGGUAGUGCAGUCCCUGCAGCAGGCGCAACCCCGGCAGCAACAGCAACGGAAUCAGCUGCUACAGCAGCCGGGUCAACAGGUAGUGCAGCCGCAGCUGCAGGCGCAGCCCCAAGCCCAGCAGCAACAGCCGGGUCAACAGGUAGUGCAGUCCCUGCAGCAGGCGCAACCCCGGCAGCAACAGCAACGGAAUCAGCUGCUACAGCAGCCGGGUCAACAGGUAGUGCAGCCCCAGCGGUUGGUACAAUCCCAGUCCCAACAGCAACGGAAUAGACCGUUGCAGCAGCAGGGGCUCCAACUGCCGGUUUUGAGCCCGCAGCAGCAGCAGCCGCAGCGGCAGCAGGCGGGUCAACAGCAGGUGCAGCCCCAGCAACAGGCACAGCUGGAGCAGUCGUGUUCCCGGCAACAGCAGCAGCAACAACCAAAGCAGCAGCAUCAGCAGCAUCCGCACCUGCAGCAGGCGCAGCUGGAACAGCUGCAGCCCUUGCGGCAGGCGCAGCCCCAGCAGUUAACGCAGCAGCGCCAUGUGCAGCAGCAACUUGCGAUGUCUCCAGCAAUCUCAGGCCUGCAGAGUAGGCAUACUCCACAACAGCAGCAGCAGCAGCCACUUCAGCAACUACACCAGCAGCAGCAGCAGCAGCAGCAAGAGCAGGAAAAGCAUCCUUGGUUUCGGCUGCCACCAGACCUUCAGCAAACACUGCUCAAGCAGCAUCUGCAGAGGCAGCAAGGAAAGCAAGGUGUCGCGUCCCUCGCCCCAUUACAAGCUCUCCAACCGCAACAGCCGCAGCAAGCACAGCAGCUUCAGCCUCCUGUGCAGCAGCACCAGCAGCAGCAGCAGCAGCAGUGGUGGAAGCAGCUACAGCAACCACAACCACAGUCACAGUCACAGUCACAGUUACUGUCACAGCCACAGUCACAGCAGCUGCAGCAGCACCAAGGGCGCAUUCAGGAACAAGAUGGUACCCUAUCUCAUCUGCAGCGUCUUCAGCAGCAGCAACAGAAGUACCAACGGCAGCAGCAGGCGCAGCAAGUUCACCACCAGCAGCAGCAGCAGCCACAGCAACAGCUGCAGCAGCUGAAACAGCAGCACUUGACUGUUCAGAGCAAUCAGCUUCAGCACCAGCAGCAGCAGUUGUUGCAACAGCAGAACAAUCUGCACCAACAACGUCUGUUGCUGCAGCAACCGCAGCCACAAUCACAACCGCAGCAGCACCAGCAGUUGUCACAGCCCCUGCAGCAGCAGCAGGAACACCUGCAGCAGCAGCAGCAGCAGCCUCAGAAACACUCGCUCCAAGACCAGCCGCUCCCGAGCCUAUGGCGAAGCAAGCGGAGGAAGACAGCACGUAAGGAGGACGAGGACGAGGAGAGGGACGAUGGUGCCGAUGCUGCAGACGCCUUCCCUGUCUCCCAGCCAAAGGUCCUGGAGCCCUUGCACUACCGAGCGCUCAGGUCCAUCCAUGAGUCCAUCCGCCAGGUGGAGAUGCUUUUUGGAGUGAAAGCCCUUAUGGUUACGGAGCGGAUGGAUGGGGCAGAGGGCAGGGAGAAUGGUGAGGGAGAGGCGGGGGAGCAGAAGGAGGGGCAGGAAGGAGCGGGAGAAGGGGGGGAAGAAGCGGCUGGAGAGGAGGAGCAGGGGGAGGGUGGGGGGGAUUUGAGCCCUGCGGCAAGAGGCGAGAACGUGGUGGCGAAAUGGGAGAAGGAGGAGAAGGAGGCGGAGUCUCGGAGGCGGAAAGCAGCAGCGCAGCAUGGGGACCUGCUGAGGAUGCAGCUGCAGGAGCUGAUCUCCUGGUGGGAGAAGAAGGUCGACGGGCGUCUGGGCCCGCGCGAACGCGACCCGUUCCAGGGGAAGGAGGAGGAGGAGAAGGCGGCGAAGGCAGAGCUGUUUGAAACGGUGCUGGGGGUGGUGCGGCUGCUGCCGGCCUUCCCGCCGGAUUGCCAGGGGAGUCUGGUGAAGAUGUGUGACGUGGGGGGUGAGGUGUGUGAGAGGACGGAUGUGGAGCUGUACUGGGUGGAGCGGGUGGUGGCGUAUAACCCGCCUGAGGUGCUCAAGAUGAUGCGCUCGGAGAAGGGGAUCAAGCAGCUGGAGGUGACAAUGUGUGAGAGGAAGGUGCGGUCGAGUGAGCAGGUGGUGGAGCAGAUGGUGAGGAACUCAGCAGCGCAGCUGAGGGAGGGAGGGGUGGAGACGGAGGCCUUCAUUCUCAGCCUCAAAUGCCCGCUUUCCCUCGCACGCAUCAAGGUGCCUGUUCGGGGCAAGAAGUGCUCCCACGAGAGCACGUUCGACCUGGCGUCUUACCUCCGGAUGAACCAGGGCCUGGCGAAGAACGUCAAGAGGGCGUGGCGCUGCCCCAUCUGCUACCAACAGCUGCUGUGGUCCGAGCUCUUCCUGGACGGUUUCAUGCAAAAGAUUCUCCAAGAAACAAGUGAAGAGGACGAGGAGGUGGAGGUGUUCCCCGAUGGCAGGUGGAGAAGGAUGGAGAGCGGUAACGGGGAUGAUGGCAGCUGUUCUGAGUCAGAUGAGGAGGAGAGAAUGAUUAUUGCUGCGCUGAAGAGGAGAGAGGCGGAGCAGAGGCGGAAGGAGGAGGAGGGAAAGCGGAAGGAGGAGGGGGAGGGGGGGAGUGCGGCUGACUCUGCUGCUGCCAGUGGUGGGUCGGAGAGUGUUGAAACGAAACGGAAGGGUGGGAAGAAGAAAGUGCUGGUCCCGCGGACUGUGUAUGCGAUUUACAAGAGGCAUGAGGUGGAGCAGAUGCGACAGCGGAAGGAGCAGCAGCAGCAGCAGCAGCAGCUGGGGCAGCAACACCAGGAGCAGCACAGAGUGGCUAGAGGAGAAACAUCAGCUGCAAAGAGCGCUGCUGGGGGAAGAAAGAGCGCUGCUGCUGUGAAGCCGGUGGAGCCAGAGGUGAUCGAGCUGCUGUCAGAUUCGGAUGAGGAGGAGGAGGAGGAGGAGGAUGGUGGAGGCGCUGCUGGUGCUGGUGGCAGUGCUGGUGGUUGCAGCAACGGCACUGGUUGUGGUGUUGGUGCUGGUGUUGGUGCUGGUGCUGGUGCUGGUGCUGGUGCUGGUGCUGGUUGUGGUGUUGGUGCUGGUGUUGGUGCUGGUGCUGGUGCUGGUGCUGGUGCUGGUGCUGGUUGUGGUGUUGGUGCUGGUGUUGGUGCUGGUGCUGGUGCUGGUGCUGGUGCUGGUGCUGGUGCUGGUGCUGGUGCUGGUUGUGGUGUUGGUGCUGGUGUUGGUGCUGGUACUGAUGUUGGUGCUGGUGCUGGGGGCAGUGACGGAAGGAACGCAGUGAGAAGCAACGGGGAUGAGUUGAAGGGGAGAGCCGGAGAGGGGGGAUUGCAAGGCGAACAGCCAAGGGUGGCUUUCAAACGUAUAAGAGGAAUCGCCAAGGUCAAAAUUAGAUGGCAUGUGUCAUCUCAUGUCGCACAAGCAGCAGUGGCAACGGCGCAAACAGCAACAGUGGCACCAGCAGCAGCAGGAAGAUCGGCCCCAAUACCACAACCGGCAAGUGCAGCAGCAGCAGCCCCAAUGCCACAAGCGGCAAGAGCAGCAGCAACUGCAGUGGCAGCAAGGGCAGCACCAGCGGCACAGGGAGCCAGAGUCCCACUACCACAAGCGGCAACAGCAGCAACACCAGCCGCACCAGCACCAGCAACAGGGGCGAGGCCAGCUGGCAUUAGCAAGGCGGUUCAAGCAACAACUGGCAUAGUCUUACCAGCCGGUGUCGCAGCAGCAGCAGCACCCGCAGCAGCAGCAGCAGCAGCAACCCCAGCAGCAGCAGCAGCAGCACCCCCAGUACCCGCAGCAGCAGCAGCACCCCCAGCACCCACAGCAGCAGCAGCAGCACAUUGUGUUGCCGUGGCAGCACGUCCAGUCGCAAAUGUGCCGUCAAUGAAUGCACGAAUGCCAGCACCAACGGGCAGCAGAGCAGCAGGUUUUACAGCAGCAGCAGCAAAAACAACAGCAGCAGGUACAGGAACAACAGGCGGAGGGGGAGGAGGAUUCCCAAAGCUCCACAUCAUCCCUCCUCGUCACCCGUCCACAGCAAAGCCAGCCAAUACCUCCCACUUGAACUCUAACUCGCAUCCCACAAACAGGCAGUCCCUGCAUCCUGCUCCCACAGUGAACCCCGCCCCUCUCUUGCACCGAUCCUCGUCAAGUAACAGUCACUCUUACGCCAAGAAUGCCGCCAUAACUGCUCCACUUGUCACUCAUGCCAGCGCUCACCAGAGCACCUCACGAGUCGCCUCUUCGUGUGUCCCCUGUGCCACUCCCUCGGUAGCCGCACUCUUACCUCCUGUUGGUUCUAGACCAAUCCUGGCCGCCACCUCCUCUCCCAUCUCUGCUGCUUCUCAUGCCGCCCCUGCCCCGGCUGCCGCCCCUGCCCCGGCUGCCGCCUCUGCUCUUCCUGCUGUCUCUGCUCUUCCUGCUCUUCCUGCUCUUCCUGCUCUUCCUGCUCUUCCUGCUGUCUCUGCUGCCGUUGCUACCUCCACUGCCCCUGCAUCAGCGAGAUCCUUUGCUACAAUUCCUAUCACCCCCCCCUUACCAUGAAUCCUCAAACCACCUCACAAGUGCUUGUGCUUCGCAAGUGCUUGUACACCGCAAGUGCUUGUUCGUGUGCCCGCCUCACAACAUGCACUGUUGACCAACCAUUUCUGCUCCUGCUGCUGCUGCUGCUGCUGCAGCUGCUGUAACUGCUGCUUCGGGGUUGGGGUUGUUUCUUGUCUUCCUGCUGACCCCGGGCCACCGCUUUCCUUUGGGCUCUGGACCAGCCCUACCUUUGCUUUAACCCCUGCCACAGUUGCUCUUCCUUGACUCACAAUUGCCAUGGAUGGGAGUGAUCAAAUGUUUUCCUGAGAGUGUACA